AUGGGAGACGAGUGCGCGGUGAAACGCGGACCGCGGAUCGGAAAGCUCUGCGACUGCCCCAGGCGAAGCGUCUGCAACCAAUUCUUCCUGAAAUGCCUCUGA